AUGGGUCGGCAUGCUCGCGCUCGCCGACGAGACGACUCGAGCGACGGCGACUCGACUGGCUCGUCUUCCUCGCACGAUUCCGACGACGAGUCGACCGCUUCCUCCCACGACCACUUGCGUCGCGAGAAAGGCGACAAGCGGGAUACAGAUGACAGCGAUGAGGAGGACACAGUAUCGGAGGCGUCGAGCAGCGACGAUUCCGACGAUGUACAUCACCAUCGACAUCGACGAAAGAAGCGGACAGAGAUAACUUGGUUGGGUGUCGGCGGGGCCGUCCUGCUUCUCGCGCUCGUCGUCGGCAUCGUUUUCGCGACGAAGUCCUCUUCUGCUGGCUCUCCAUCUGCCAGCUCGUCGUCUCCGGCGGGAGGGAGCAGUGAUAGUGGAGCGGGCGGUGCUGGGGGAGGCGACAAUCCGACGACGGAUCUCGCGACGGAUCCGACCGGUUCUCCUGUAUUGCAGGACAUUCCUUCAUCGGGGAGCGCUAGCGCUACCGCUACCGCGCCCGCCAGCUCUGGCAGUCCCGCCGCGAGCGCCGGACCUUCCCAAGGCUCGUCGAAAAGUUCCGCAGCGACGCCUGCGGCUUCGCAACCUGCAGGAGGAGGAGGUCCGUACAAGCUUGUCACAACGUACGCUGGCACCACCUUCUUCGAUGGCUGGACGUUCUGGGAUACGGCAGACCCGACGCAUGGCCAAGUCACCUACCUCAGCUCGAGCGCCGCGACGAGCAACAAGUUGAUUUCGACGAGUGCCAAGUCCGCUGUCAUGAGAGUGGACAACACGACGAAACUGGCGAGCGGAGCGCCUCGCAACUCCAUUCGGUUGCACUCGAAGGACGCGGUCAAGAUCAACUCGCUCAUUAUCGCUGAUAUCCUUCAUAUGCCGACCGGCUGUGCAACUUGGCCAGCGUGGUGGAGUAACGGACCCAAUUGGCCCGCCGGAGGCGAGAUCGACAUCGUCGAGCAGGUGCACGAAGCGACAGUCAACCAGUACACGCUGCAUGUCAACGACUCGGACUGCAAGCGAGCAAGCAGCCCCGACAUCACCGGUACAGCGGUUGCAGCCAACGACGACUGCAACGCCCACACCAAGGGCAACACCGGCUGCUCGUACAGCGAGACGGCGUCCAACUCCGACGCCAUCAGCAUCUGGUUCUGGUCGCACGGCGGGACCGACUUGCCGAAGAAUAUCGCGAGCGGUGCGCCUGACAUGUCGACUUGGGGCAAACCAAGCGCGAGGUGGCCGAAGAGCUCGUGCGAUAUCGGCAAGUACUUCCAAGACCAGACCCUCAUCUUCGACACAACGCUGUGCGGCGACUGGGCUGGCGCAGUCUGGCCGUCCGAGUGCUCUGCCAAAGCGCCAACUUGCGCAGACUACGUCGCCGACCCGACGCACUUCAAUGACGCCUGGUGGGAGGUUGCGAGUAUCAAGGUGUAUUCGAUUUAG